AUGAGUCCUCAGCAAGGCGACUUCACCAUGACGGUGCUUGGAUGCGGCACCAUGGGAAUUGCAAUUCUCAAUGGCAUCCUGACUUCCCUGGCGGAAAUCAACGGUCCACGACCCCUCCAAGCCCCAUCAUCAGGCACUUCCACCCCUGGAGAAGAGCGACCACAGUCUCUCCCAUCCCGAUUUAUCGCUUGCGUCCGCAGCGCCGAGAGUGCUAAGAGAGUCAAGGCUGCUUUGUGGGAGCAUUCAUCAAUUGUAAAGGUUGUUCAGAAUGAGAACCUUGCCGCUGUCCAGCAGGCGCAGGUCGUUCUUCUUGGCUGUAAGCCAUACAUGGUGAACAACGUGUUGGGCGAGCCCGGCAUGGCUGAUGCCUUGAAGGGCAAGCUUCUCAUCAGCGUUUGCGCUGGCAUCACUGCUGAGCAUAUGGAAAUUGCACUCCACGGACAGGUGCCGACUGCCAGCCCAGACGAGGAUGGUCGCUGUAGAGUUGUUCGCGCCAUGUGCAACACUGCCGCUCUGAUUCGGGAGUCCAUGACGGUGAUUGGCAUCUCUGAGCCACCUCUGCCAGCUCCCCAGAAGACUCUUGUUCAUUGGAUUUUCAAGCGCAUUGGUGACGUUGUCUUCCUCCCGUCCAACAACAUGGACGCCUGCACUGCCCUGUGUGGUUCCUCUCCAGCAAUGUUUGCGUUGAUGCUCGAGGCUGCUAUUGAUGGCGCUGUGGCCAUGGGUUUGCCCCGAGCUGAGGCUCAAAGAAUGGCUACUCAGUCCAUGCGAGGAACCACUGGUCUGGUUCAGAGCGGUGAGCACCCGGCGCUCCUCAGAGAGAAGGUGUGCACUCCUGGUGGGUGCACCAUUGGUGGUCUCUUGGUGUUGGAGGAGGGCCGAGCUCGAGGAACCAUUUCUCGAGCUAUUCGUGAAGCUACAGUGGUGGCUAGCCAGCUUGGCAAGGGUGUCCAGGGCGUUAACGGUACCAGAUUCAACACUACAGGUUAA